AAGCUGCCUGGACUAUAAUGGGAGCCUUCUAGUUUUGUCGGUGUAGCUGAGCUGUAAUGGUUCAGUCCGAGGUGCGAACACCUUUGGGACUGAUCAUCUCUUCUGUCAUUAAGCGUGACUCUGGCGUCUACACAGGGACCCUCCCCGGGCAGGAUGCGCUCGCUGAAGGUCCGACGGGGCUGUUAAGAUGCGCGUCGUUUUUGAAACACAGGCAGUUGAGUAAACAAAUCAAUAAAAGCCGUGAUCAACAAGCGUAUUCCCGCAGUAAUGUAAAGAUGGCGAGACUGCUUCAUAACUUGCUGUUGUUGACAGUCGGGCUGACGCUGAAGAUCAGAGUUAUGGGAUACUGGUCUCUCAUCUAUGGAUAUUGCGCGCUAUGCACGGGCGUAGCGCUGCUCAAACUUGGCUGGAAUAUCAUCCUUCGACCGUCAACAACCUUUCAGUGGACGGUUCGUGAGACACCCCCUGCGUGCCUGAAUGACACGUCCUUGGGAACCCACUGUUAUGUUAAAAUCAAGGAGUCUGGACUCAGAUUUCACUAUGUUGCUGCUGGAGAACGAGGAAAGCCACUUAUGCUGUUUCUGCAUGGAUUCCCCGAGUUUUGGUGAGACUCAAACACACUCGCACACACAAG